AUGGGACCGCUGCAAGAGCCAAAGGUGGCGGCACCGCCGGUGAAGAAGGAGAAGGUGGUGAGGUAUAGGGAGUGCAGGAAGAACCACGCCGCCAGAAUCGGCGGCUACGCAGUGGACGGCUGCAUGGAAUUCAUGGCCGCCGGAGAGGAAGGCACCGGCGCAGCUCUCAAGUGCGCCGCCUGCGGCUGCCACCGGAGCUUCCACAAGAGGGAGGUGGAGAGGGAGGCCCCCUGCGACUGCUCCUCCGUCACUUCUCCCCAAUGUUAA